GACAAGAAACUCUAGGGGACACCGCGGAGACCUCUGCCUCUGAGCUGGUGGGCGGGCCGGAUGUAGCCGAGCGCGGACAGGGCUAGUCCGGACAGAGUCCCAGAGCCAUGGGAGCGAAAAGAGACUGCUGCGGAUUAAGGAGGCCUUUCGGUUGGCGCAGCAGCCACACCACAACCAGGCGAAGCAGGUAGUGGCGCUGAAUCGCUCCUGCCGCGGGGUAAGCGCUCCCGGCCCGCGCCCGCCCCAGCCCCGACCUGGCGGGGCCAGGACGCUGGUUUAUACACUCCAAGAGAUAGAGUUUUGCUCUUGUUGCCCAGGCUGGAGUGCAAUGGCGCAAUCUUGGCUCACCGCAACCUCCACCUCCCGAGUUCAAGCAAUUCUCCUCCCACAACCUCCCGAGUAGCUGGGAUUACAGGCACCCGCCACCACGCCUGGCUAAUUUUGUAUUUUUAGUAGAGACGGGGUUUCUCCAUGUUGGUCAGGCUAGUCUCGAACUCCUGACCUCAGGUGAUCCGCCCGCAUUGGCAUCCCAAAGUGCUGGGAUUACAGGCGUGAUAAAUUGACCAUCUUAUACCAGGAAGUCAAAUGAGAAGACAUCAGUAAAAAUAUUCUGGCCAACUCAUGUUUUAUUUAUCAUAUCCUCAUUAUUAAUUGCUUCUCAUAAUGCCACAGUUUGUCAUGGUAUUUGUGGCAGCAGGCAAAGUCCUUGUUCAGACUUUGAUUAAAUUGCUGUGGCAUUUUUCUAUUAAAAAGAUCUCCUGUUUCAAUCUAUAGUUUGCCUGUGAUCUGUGGGUUAAAAAGAGCUAUUUUUUAAUACUAUUUUUAAUAGUAUUCAAAUGGAAUACUAUUCCAUUUGAUUCAGUGUUUUGAGAUAAUAUAUGAUUUUGCUUAGUCUCAUUUGGAUGAAAUGAAUAUUUCCAGAUCUACAUGUCAAAUAAGAGGGUACUACAACUUGAAACUUGUGAUACUUUCUCACUACAUGGUGCAAACAGCUGAGUCAAGUUGUCCCUGAGAGUAGCCACCUUUCCCUCAGGCCAUACACAUGGAACCAUUCUUUCUCCCUACAAGUCAGCCCAUAAUAGAGCCUCUGGUUGAAAAUCAAGAUUUUGGUGUUCACUUGGCAAUAUUUACUAAGAGGUAAAUGACGCAAGCUAUCUAAAACCAAUUUUUCCAACAACAACGAUUUCCGUGCUCUUCUGCAGUCUUUGUAUGCUACUUUCAAGGAGUUCAAAAUGCAUGAGCAGAUUGAAAAUGAAUACAUUAUUGGUUUGCUUCAACAACGCAGCCAGACCAUUUAUAAUGUACAUUCUGACAAUAAACUCUCCGAGAUGCUUAGCCUCUUUGAAAAGGGACUGAAGAAUGUUAAGAAUGAAUAUGAACAGUUAAAUUAUGCAAAACAACUGAAAGAGAGAUUGGAGGCUUUUACAAGAGAUUUUCUUCCUCACAUGAAAGAGGAAGAGGAGGUUUUUCAGCCCAUGUUAAUGGAAUAUUUUACCUAUGAAGAGCUUAAGGAUAUUAAAAAGAAAGUGAUUGCACAACACUGCUCUCAGAAGGAUACUGCAGAACUCCUUAGAGGUCUUAGCCUAUGGAAUCAUGCUGAAGAGCGACAGAAGUUUUUUAAAUAUUCCGUGGAUGAAAAGUCAGAUAAAGAAGCAGAAGUGUCAGAACACUCCACAGGUAUAACCCAUCUUCCUCCUGAGGUAAUGCUGUCAAUUUUCAGCUAUCUUAAUCCUCAAGAGUUAUGUCGAUGCAGUCAAGUAAGCAUGAAAUGGUCUCAGCUGACAAAAACGGGAUCGCUUUGGAAACAUCUUUACCCUGUUCAUUGGGCCAGAGGUGACUGGUAUAGUGGUCCUGCAACUGAACUUGAUACUGAACCUGAUGAAGAAUGGGUGAAAAAUAGGAAAGAUGAAAGUCGUGCUUUUCAUGAGUGGGAUGAAGAUGCUGACAUAGAUGAAUCUGAAGAGUCUGCGGAGGAAUCAAUUGCUAUCAGCAUUGCACAAAUGGAAAAACGUUUACUCCAUGGCUUAAUUCAUAACGUUCUACCAUAUGUUGGUACUUCUGUAAAAACCUUAGUAUUAGCAUACAGCUCUGCAGUUUCCAGCAAAAUGGUUAGGCAGAUUUUAGAGCUUUGUCCUAACCUGGAGCAUCUGGAUCUUACCCAGACUGACAUUUCAGAUUCUGCAUUUGACAGUUGGUCUUGGCUUGGUUGCUGCCAGAGUCUUCGGCAUCUUGACCUGUCUGGUUGUGAGAAAAUCACAGAUGUGGCCCUAGAGAAGAUUUCCAGAGCUCUUGGAAUUCUGACAUCUCAUCAAAGUGGCUUUUUGAAAACAUCUACAAGCAAAAUUACUUCAACUACGUGGAAAAAUAAAGACAUUACCAUGCAGUCCACCAAGCAGUACGCCUGUUUGCACGAUUUAACUAACAAGGGCAUUGGAGAAGAAAUAGAUAAUGAACACCCCUGGACUAAGCCUGUUUCUUCUGAGAAUUUCACUUCUCCUUAUGUGUGGAUGUUAGAUGCUGAAGAUUUGGCUGAUAUUGAAGAUACUGUGGAAUGGAGACAUAGAAAUGUUGAAAGUCUUUGUGUAAUGGAAACAGCAUCCAACUUUAGUUGUUCCACCUCUGGUUGUUUUAGUAAGGACAUUGUUGGACUAAGGACUAGUGUCUGUUGGCAGCAGCAUUGUGCUUCUCCAGCCUUUGCAUAUUGUGGUCACUCAUUUUGUUGUACAGGAACAGCUUUAAGAACUAUGUCAUCACUCCCAGAAUCUUCUGCAAUGUGUAGAAAAGCAGCAAGGACUAGAUUGCCUAGGGGAAAAGACUUAAUUUACUUUGGGAGUGAAAAAUCUGAUCAAGAGACUGGACGUGUACUUCUGUUUCUCAGUUUAUCUGGAUGUUAUCAGAUCACAGACCAUGGUCUCAGGGUUUUGACUCUGGGAGGAGGGCUGCCUUAUUUGGAGCACCUUAAUCUCUCUGGUUGUCUUACUAUAACUGGUGCAGGCCUGCAGGAUUUGGUUUCAGCAUGUCCUUCUCUGAAUGAUGAAUACUUUUACUACUGUGACAACAUUAACGGUCCUCAUGCUGAUACCGCCAGUGGAUGCCAGAAUUUGCAGUGUGGUUUUCGAGCCUGCUGCCGCUCUGGCGAAUGACCCUUGACUUCUGACCUUUGUCUACUUCAUUUAGCUGAGCAGGCUUUCUUUCAUGCACUUUACUCAUAGCACAUUUCUUGUGUUAACCAUCCCUUUUUGAGCGUGACUUGUUUUGGCCCCAUUUCUUACAACUUCAGAAAUCUUAAUUUACCAGUGAAUUGUAAUGUUGUUUCUCUUGCAAAUUAUACUUUUGUUUUAGAAAGGGAUUAGGUCUUUUCAAAAGGGUGAGAACAGUCUUACAGUUUUCUUUUAAAUGAAAUGCUUUAAAGAAUGUUGGUAAUGCCAUGUCAUUUAAAGUAUUUCAUAGAUAAUUUUGAGUUUUAAAGUCCAUGGAGGUGAUUGGUUCUCUUUACACAUUAACACUGUACCAAGCUUUGCAGAUCUUUUCCGACACACAUGUCUGAAGACUUAUUUUCAAAGACAGCACAUUUUUGGAAACUAAUCUCUUUUCCGUAAUAUAUCCUUUAUUUCAACGAUUCUCAGAAGGCCAAUUCAAACAAACCCACAUUUAAGGUUCUUUAGGAUUAUAGAAUAAAUUGGCUUCUGAGUGUUAGCUCAGUGAGCUAGGAAAGCACCAAUCGAUAUUUGUUUCCUUUAGGGAUACUUUGUUCUCACCACUGUCCCUAUGUCGUCAAAUUUGGGAGAGAUUUUUUAAAAUACCACAAUCAUUUGAAGAAAUGUAUAAAUAAAAUCUACUUUGAGGACUUUACCAAGUAA